AUGUACCUCGACAAAAGAGACAACAUGGGCUUCCAAGUCGCCCCGUCCCUCAUCAUCUUCCUCGUCAUCCUCGGCGCCGGCGCGCUCGUCUGCUGCGGCUUUGCGGUGAUGCGCUUCUGGGGCGGCGACGAGGCGCAGGAUACCAGUUACAUGAGCCGCUCGGUCGAACAGGAUCGGUACAUGCGCGAGGUCAGAGAGAGGACGUGGGGUAAGCUGCCGCACUACUUCGUCCAGAAGCAACAGAUGUACAGUUCUUCGAGUCGGAGUAACCUGCGGCCUGCGACUGCAAGCGUAGAGUAUGUUGGAUGCAGCGCCGGUUUGGUGAUGAUGAGGCUGAUGUUCUUGUAG